AACGCUCAGUAUAGACGAUAUUUCAAGGCGUCUCGAAUUUCUAAGAGAACAAGCAUAAUGUAGUGCACGAAGGAAUGAAAAGCCAUAUAUUUAGAUAACAAAUGUCGUGUAGCCUCCUAAAAUUAAAAAGAAUUGUUAAUGCUGUUUCUUCCUAUCCAACAAAUAAUGGUAAGCUAAAAGAUCCACAAAUCUAGCUCAAAGGUCAGAAGUUGCAUCGAGGAAGAGAGUACAAAGACUCCUAUUGCACAAUCACUCAGCCACUAUUUUUUGCCUGUCGAACUCAUGCAGUGAUAAGGCGAGCGGUAUAUAAGGGCAGGCGGCGGUUGGGUUUCUCACAGCUAGAGCCGGCAGCAUGAAGUGGUUGGCGGUGGCAGCAGUUCUCCUCGUGGCCGCUGUGGCCGAAGGCGCGGAUCUCGCCCACAGACAGCAGGCAGUCAAUCGCCUGUUGUACAGGAUCCACAGCCCCAUCCUUUCCAAAUUCCCUGAACUGAAGCAGCUCUCUAACUCUUUCGACCCAAGGGGCAAUGCUGGCAGCUGCAAGGAUGGCGGCAAUGCCGUCAACCACCUCAUGGACGAGCUCGAUGCCGGUCGCCUCCUCGAGCAGCACCACUGGUUCUCCCUCUUCAACACCCGCCAGCGGGAGGAGGCCCUCAUGCUGGUUGAUGUCCUCCUCAACUGCGAGAACUUCGAGACCUUCGUGGGCAACGCCGCUUUCUUCCGCGAGCGAAUGAACGAGGGCGAGUUCGUCUACGCCAUCUACGUGGCCGUCUCUCACUCUGACUUCAUGCAGGACGUCGUGCUGCCGCCACUUUACGAGGUCACACCCCACAUGUUCACUAACUCAGAGGUCCUCGACAGGGCAUACACUGCCAAGAUGACACAGACCCCCGGCGAAUUCCACAUGGACUUCACUGGAUCCAAAAAGAAUAAGGAGCAGCGCGUCGCUUACUUCGGUGAAGAUAUUGGCAUGAACUCUCACCACGUCCACUGGCAUAUGGACUUCCCCUUCUGGUGGCAUGGAGACGAGAUUGAUCGCAAGGGUGAGCUCUUCUUCUGGGCCCAUCACCAGCUUACUGUCAGGUUCGAUGCCGAGCGUCUCUCCAACUACUUGCCUCCGGUUGAUGAGCUGUACUGGGACCGCCCCAUCAAGGAAGGAUUUGCUCCCCACACAAACUACAAAUACGGCGGAGAGUUCCCCACACGUCCCGACAACAAGAACUUUGAGGAUGUUGACGGCGUGGCUCGCAUCAGAGACAUGAAAGAAAUGGAGAGCCGCAUCCGCGACGCCAUUGCUCACGGCUACGUCGACAAAUCUGACGGCUCUCACAUCGACAUUGACAACAACCAUGGCAUUGACGUACUGGGUGCCGCUAUUGAGUCCUCUACAUCCAGCGUCAACCCCUCCUACUAUGGCGCCCUCCACAACCAGGCUCACCGCGUGCUGGGCGCCCAGGCCGACCCACAUGGCAAGUUCAACAUGCCACCUGGCGUGAUGGAACACUUCGAGACCGCUACACGCGAUCCCUCCUUCUUCCGCCUCCACAAGUACAUGGAUAAUAUUUUCAAGGAGCAUAAGGACAAGCUGCCACCUUACACCGCCGCCGAUCUUAAGUAUGACAACGUCGAAAUCACGGGUGUCGACGUCGACGAGCUCUCUACCUUCUUUGAGGACUUCAAGUUCGAUCUCGGCAACUCUCUCGACACCGCAGACAACGUGAAACACGUGGAAGUCCAUGCCCUCGUUCCUCGUCUUAACCACAAGCCCUUCGGGUACAACAUCCACUACAAAGCCGAUCAUGCCGAGACAGUCACCGUCCGCGUGUACCUCACCCCUAAGUACGACAACAACGGCGUCAGGCUAGACAUGGAAGAGGGUCGCUGGAACUCCAUCCUGCUUGACACUUUCUGGGUUAAUGUCCAAGCUGGAGAGCACGAUUAUCACCGUGAUGCCACCCAAUCCAACGUGGCUAUCCCCGACCGCCCCGCUUUCCAGGAACUCAUCCGCUUGGCUGAUGAGGCCGUGGCCAGCGGCUCUGAGCUGGUGCUUGACCAUGGACACUCUUGUGGACAUCCUCAGAGGCUACUGCUUCCCAAGGGUAACGAGAAGGGUCUCGAGUGUUGGUUCACCGUCUUCGUCACCAGCGGCGAUGACGCCGCGCAUGAUGACCUUCACUCGAAUGAUCAUGGCGGCAACCACGGCUAUUGCGGUAUUCAUGGUGGGCAGUACCCUGACAAGCGUCCCAUGGGCUUCCCCUUCGACAGGCGCAUCCCCAACGCUGCUGUUUUGCUCGAACAACCCAACUUCCACUCCCAUACAGUCCGUGUAUAUCAUAAGGAAGAGUAAACUAUUGUUUUCUCGCAGUCUUACCAAUCAUACGAAAAAAAAAAAGAGACGUGAAAUUAAACAAAAGCAUUCUAAUGACGAAUAAGCUUCCCUCAGUCAUUAAGACCACCUACCUAUGUCCAUCUGUCAUCCACAACCAUAAUAAAUUCAUUUAAUCUUUUACAGCUCCCUCAUGAUUCCGCAGUUAGAACGUGAUUACUGAGUGUAUUCUAAUGAUUGCCAUUCUAUUUGAGAAUUAAAUUCUUUCAAAAAAAAUUUUUUUAUCUAACAUUAUGAAGCUUGAACCCUUUUAGUCAUUUCAGAGUUGCAGACAUUGGCUACUUGUACGCAGCAGUUGCUCGCCUACAUUUCCUUGAUACACCAACACCAAUCACUAAGUGCGACUAGCCAUUAAAAUAUUGUGUAGAAUAUUUCUACAAAAUAAAUGAAUUACCAAAAAAAAAAAAAAAAAAAA